UCGCGGUCGGUCGUUUCGACCCGCGCCACGCGACCGACAAAACACGCGCGAAACGGUCAACAAACGAAAAUAAAACGUUGGGAAAAAAAGUGUAGAUUUUUUUUUUGUAUUUCAAAUUUUGUGAGCUGUGAUUGGUCAGUGCUGUGAAUAUUUCAAAUGUCGGUUAUAGUGUGCGAUAUUUAAAGCAGGAAUGGAUGGCGAGAAUCGAAUCAUUUUGAACGUUGGUGGUAUAAGAUACGAGACGUAUAAGGCAACCUUGAAGAAGAUCCCGGCGACGCGGCUGUCGCGGCUGACGGAGGCGCUCGCCAACUACGACCCGGUGCUCAACGAGUACUUCUUCGACCGGCACCCGGGCGUCUUCGCGCAGGUCCUCAACUACUACAGAACUGGCAAACUUCACUACCCUACAAAUGUGUGCGGGCCGCUGUUUGAAGAGGAGUUGGAGUUCUGGGGGCUGGACUCCAACCAGGUGGAGCCGUGCUGCUGGUCCACCUACAGCAUACACAGAGACACGCAGAAUACCCUGGCAAUUUUGGACAAACUGGAUAUCGACAGCGAAAAGCCGUCUGAGGAAGAAAUCGCAAGGCUCUUCGGUUAUGAAGAGGCGUACUUGUCAGGGGAUCUCGGCGUGUGGCAGAGGCUUAAGCCUAAAGUCUGGGCGCUGUUUGAUGAGCCAUCGAGCUCACCAGCCGCUAAGGUGAUAUCGGCCAUAUCAGUCUUCUUCAUUUGCAUCUCAGUUCUCUGCUUCUGUCUGAAGACGCAUCCAGAUCUGCGAGUGGCGUCCCCUACCAUUGCCCCCUUCAUCAUACCAAACUUCACGGAUAUUGAAAACGUCACUGCAGUGGAUAGACCAUGGCACGACAACGGUCAGCCACACGUCGCCUUUUUCUACAUCGAGUUGGUGUGCAACGUGUGGUUUACGAUCGAGUUGCUUGUGCGGUCCGUGGUAGCCCCAAACAUAAUAGAGUUCGUCAAAUCUCCAGUAAACAUCAUAGAUUUUAUAGCAACACUGAGUUUCUACAUGGAUGUCGUGGUGGAACUGACAGUGGUGAAGCAGUACGUAGAGAAAGCUGACAUCCUAGAGUUCAUCUCCAUCAUCAAGAUCCUCAGGCUGUUCAAGCUGACGAGGCACAGUCCAGGGUUGAAGAUCUUGGUGCACACGUUCAAGGCGUCGGCUAAGGAGUUGACGCUCCUCGUAUUUUUUCUGGUGCUCGGUAUCGUGAUAUUUGCCAGUUUGGUGUAUUAUGCUGAGAAAUCGCAGGAUAACCCAGACAAUCAGUUCAAGUCCAUUCCACUAGGGUUGUGGUGGGCGAUCGUCACUAUGACUACAGUGGGGUACGGAGACAUGGCGCCAAAGACAUAUCUGGGCAUGUUCGUGGGCGCCCUGUGUGCACUGGCCGGUGUACUGACAAUAGCACUGCCAGUGCCUGUCAUCGUGUCAAACUUCUCCAUGUUCUACUCACACACACAGGCGAGAUCAAAACUUCCUAAGAAGCGUCGUCGGGUGUUACCUGUAGAACAACCGCGGAGGAAACGCGACGCCAGCGCCUCCAACCGGCGGGUGAACGCAGUGAAACAUCCAGUGGUACUGAAGGACCUCUCGCCAGGAGGCAAUAAGUUUGGAGUAAACGGCAUGAACAUGAUCAGCCUGGCGCUCCAGGGUCCUCCGAACCUCCUCCGCCCUCCAUCGGCAGUGCAGCCACUGCAGGCCCGGGCGCCCAUCGUUGAAAGCCCCAUAAUCAACACGCAGUCAGGCGCCAUAUCGUUGGCGUCGCUGCAACCGCCCCUGAUCACGGCCCCACCACUGCAACCACGACCUGCAACCACCGGCUCCCUCGACCUCAUGCUACCUCUGCAACCAAAGCUACUACCCGGCUACAACCUCCAGUCUUCGUAUCUUUCCAACACCCUAUCAACAGUACGACCACCAGAUUUGGAAAAGAAGGAAGACUUUAAACCAAGUGUUGAAGUUAUUUUGGAGAAAAGUGAAGAGAAUUCAGUAAUAUGUUGUGAUUUAGGUCAAGAUAGGUGUAAUGGUAGAGACAGUCACAAUAAUUUAAAUGAUAAUGAUUCGUGUAAGGAUGAAAUCAAUUCUAAUGUCAUUGAGAAGAACACUGAUACUAUAUCGGAAGAUAGUCCUAAUAAUAAUUCUUAUUAAAGUGCCAGCGAUCCUUUCAAACUAUAAUGGUCUUCAUACCUAAAUUUGAAAGUAAAUGUUGAAGAUGAGAAAAUUUGCAUUGUCUACGAUUGGCAUGUUAGAACACAACAUAGAACUCUACUUCCGAAUUGCUUUAUAUUAACGAAUAUCAUUGAAACCACAACUGAUAAAAUUAUAGUAUCGUGACGACAGCUUAACAAGAAAGUAACUAGUAUUAAAAUAACUUUGAUCUUCAAGUUCUAUUUUUUAAUUUGAAAGGGUCGAUAAUUUGAUGUUAAUUAUGAAUAUAACACCGCUGUCACAUUCAGUUGGAACUUAGAUAUACUGUGCCAAAUUAAUAUUGGUGCUCACUAUAUUAAAAAUGAUAUUACUAUCUACCCUAUGAGAGUUUGGUGUAAUUGUGAUUUCAAAUGUAUAAACUUUGUCAAAAAUCAAAAGACUAUCUCUUUUGGCAUUUGAUGAUGUAUAAUUUUAUUUAAAAAAAAUCUAGCUGUGAAACCCCAUAGUCUUAUAAAAUGUCUCCCAUUAGUAUAUACUGUAAUAUAAAUGUAAUCUUGUCUCGAAUUAGAAUUUCUAGUCAGUUGGGAACUCUAGAAUAAGUAUUGGAACAGCUGAGAUGUGAAUGGGAAUGUGUUUGAUUUGACUGAAAGAUACGAUAAAAAUAUUCAUUGCCAAAAUUUGUGCCAAAGAUUUACGCGUUUAGGUUAAAUUGCUUAGAGUCUACUAUUCUUAAGGCGAAUAAGUCAAAAUUAUUUGUCUUGACAUAUAUUUUGUUCGAAACUUAUUCCUUUUUUAUUUUAUAUAUGGCCUAUGGUUCGAGUAACUUACUGUAAAGUGUUAUUAUUAAAAGAUUAAUAUGUGGUUUAUUUCGUAACGCAAUGUCAAAACGAUUUUGUAUAGUUUUAUCUCAUUAUAAAAAAAAAAAAAUUUGCAAUUUUUAAAUAUUAAGACAUACCUAUUCGGUGUUAACUCAUCCCCAGCAAUUUAACUUCUUUCUUAAUCCUUGUUAAUUCCUCCCUCCUUUUAAAACCCCAAGUUGAGAGAACCAAACACAUUCCCAUUCAAAUGUCGCAUUGAACAAAAAAUGUAUGUGAAAUUUUCAGCGCUCUAAGCGAACGCCAACGACCAAAAAGUAAUGUAGCCUAUUAUUUGACUCGUGCCGUUGUAAUUUUUGUAUAUUUUGUAAAGGAAAACGAUACGCAUUGUGAAUAUCUUGGGAACGUGUAUAUAGAAUGUAUUUCGUUAUAUCUUGUAGAUGGGGCCGGAUUUAGAAAUGAAAUAGUGGGUAUAACCUUUUAAAUUUAAAAUAAAUCUCUAAAAAAAAAUAUUUUUAAAAAUGAUAAGAAGUUAUAAUAAAGUAAAUCACCAGUAACAUAGUUUCAAAUGGGAUAAGAGGGGAAACAUAUAUGUAUGAAAUAAUUAUUUUGGACUGGAAAAAAGUCACAAAAGAGCACAACUGCGCGUAUAUCUUAUUUAUAUAGGCUUUAUAUUCUCAGCGUGACAGUGUUAGCAGCCUUGAAAUUGUUUUGUAUGCACUUACAUAUUAAAAAGGAAAUUUGGUCUAGGUGUAAUUAAAGAGAACCUAGUCUUUAAGCUCAGUGUUCUUUUUUUAAUAUUUUAUCCUAAUUUUUAUUAAAAAGUAUUUUCUAAGUCCGAUCCUGUCUGCGUUUUAACUCCAACUUGGGAAUUUCGACGCGUAUUUUUUGCUUGUUAUAACAAAUAUAUUUUUAAACUACCCACGCUCAAGUUAGGAGAUUUUUUUAAUCUAAAUCUGUAAAUGAUAUUUUAUUUCAUAAUUGUUUUAUAAAUUUACAAAAAUGGUCCUGAUUUUCUUUAGUCCUUAUUUUUUUUGUCAUACCAAAUUCUUGCAAUAAUCGGAAUACGGUUAAAUUCAUAAAUUCCUUCGGAUUAACAAUAAAUUAAUUUAAAUUAUUUUUUUAAAUCACAUGUAUUCCACGUUGAGGAAAAAUAAAUGUGUCAAAUAUUAUGUAGAUACGAUAACAUAGAUUAUAGAAAAAGAUGGCUGUUCGAUGUUAUACUGAAAUACUUUUGGGGAUAAACUUGUAUAUUUUCAAAAGAAAAUCCCCGCCAGUAUUUAUAAUUAUUCCCUUUUAAAAUUGUUAGUGUAUUGAUUUACCUACAUGUAAAAUAUUUUUCUAAUGUUACAUAUUUUUCUUAUUUGUUUCGUGUUGGUGUCGUUUGAAUUUGUUAUGUUUAUUACUCAACGCUGUUCAUAAAAUAAAUAAACUAGAAGCAAACUUCCAUAUUUAGUAGUUAAGGUCAACAAAAAUUUUGAAUCAAAUGUAAAGACGAAUGGAAACAUCUAUUGCCAUUUUUUUUUAAAUUAUCCAUUGCCAAUCGCCCUUUUAAAGUGUCAACGUUUUUGACGGGAAGUUCGAUUUUUCCUCAAGGCAUAGGGACAGGAGAGAGGAGAGAGAAAA